AUGAGGCAGAGGGAUGCUGAGGGAGAGGUGGAGCAGGCAGAUGUUGGGGACAACUGUUUGCAGCCGACAGAUCUUAAAGUGAAGACGGAGAUGCCGACUUGCAAGACGGAGCCGUCGUCCCCCCAGCCGUGUCCCGCCGAGGAUCAGACCGAACCCGUCGACCUGUCGCUCAACAAGCCUCGCGCCUCACCUCACCCCACCGCUGCAACCAACACCACAGUCAAACCCUGCACCCAGCAGUAAUGUGAGCCAGCCAGCCUGUCAGCCACACCGGUCCCCACCACAGUACAGUCCAUAGGCUCCAUGGUCUUAUCUCCAGGCUCCAUCUUGGCCACGGGCGCCGGUGGUCAGCAGAUCCUCCAUGUCAUCACAACCAUCCCCUCCGUCAGCAUGCCCAGUAAAGUGGGCCAGUUGCAGACCAUCCCUGUGGUGGUGCAGUCGCUGCCGGUCGUCUACACGGCCAUGCCAACGGACGGCGUUGCCACAGCGGCGAUCACGGUGCCGCUCAUAGGCAGCGACGGACGCUCAGAGGGGUCAGUUCGCAUUAAACCAGGUUCCACAUCUCCAGUGGAGUAUCAGAGCGACAGUGACGCAGAGAGCGGAACAGAGUCGGGAUCAGCCUCCCUCAGUGCCCAGAGCCUCGACGCAGGGUCAGUUAUGGACUUGGAGCCCGUUGAUCCAGAUUCGCCAGACAUCAAGCGGAGGCGGAUCCACAUGUGUGACUAUGAAGGCUGUAAAAAAGUUUACACGAAGAGUUCACACCUCAAAGCCCACAGGAGGAUACACACAGGAGAGAAGCCCUACCACUGUACCUGGGAGGGAUGCACCUGGCGCUUCGCUCGCUCUGAUGAGCUGACCCGACAUUUCCGCAAGCACACGGGAAUCAAACCUUUCCGCUGCACUGAGUGCGACCGCUCCUUCUCCCGGUCCGAUCACCUGUCCCUGCACCGCCGCCGCCACGUCAUGAUGUGAACUCUGACCUCCCCUCCCCUCCUCAACCCCACCCCCUCACGCACCCCAAACUAACCUCCGACCCCUUACAGCACAUCUUGUACCAGUCCCCCAUCCCAUAUGAACCUGGUCCACUGACCCCCUUCAUCAGGACGGCAGUAGAUUGAAACAUCGACGCUGCUCCUUCCUCUUCCUCCUCUUUACCUUGAAAUGGCAGGAACAUCAGGAAUGUGUCUUCGUGUGUUUGUGCUUUGGGGGUUCCAGGAUUUUUGCUGUGUUUUAACAACAUCAUCACCGUCCACCCAUCAUCCCCCCAGAACAUUAACCCCAAAUAUCCUCCAUAUUUGGGGGGAAAACGACAUUUCUCCUCAGAAAGACAAAGAGAUGGACCGAAGGACAACAGCAGGGAUGUUCAUCCAUCCAUCCAUCACACACAUCCAUCCAUCUGGAGGAAAGAGGACGAAUUCCAUGUGUAUAUUGUUUUGAAAUUGAAACAAGAGGGGAUGUUUUUGCCACUGGUCACUUCAGCUGCUUUUAUUUUUGAACUAUCCAGAGGUGGGAGGUCGGCCGAACCGUACAUCUGAUAGACAAGACUCACAUAGAACAGAACAGAACCUAUUUUGGGCUGGUGGGGUGUAAAUUAUUGUCCAAAUGAAGGGCUGAAUGUUCUUUUGAAAUGUUGAAGGUGUAAUGUCAGCAGUAUUUCCCCACCUGCACAUGUGGCAUUUCAAAGUAUUUCAUGAGCUGUUGAUGGAAACCUCCGUAAACGUCCAUCAUCCCACCGCAGAUUUAAACAAAGCACACACCCCCACCCCCCCACCCCCACCCCCAGACUCUGCAUGUACGUCUGAGACCGUUUGCAUGUUGUCACCUUUCAGAGCAGCUGAAGUGACACCAGUUACAAUAAUUUUUGGCAAACUUCUGACCAAGGUUGAAAUUUUAACCCAGUUCAUUAUGUCCUGAACACCCCCCCACACACACACACCUUCCCCCACUCCGGGUCCUGAUCCCACCCUCACCUCGACCCAGCCCUGGUACAGGGAGCUUCAAGACUGUGAACUUUCUAAAGAUUCUUUUUUUUUUUUUUUUUUCUCAUGUAUCAAUCACAUUCUUGUCAUUUGCGUGCCCCCCCCCCACACACACACACACACACCCCUUUCUGAAUCUUCUUUGAUAACAGUAUUUGCUUUUUAUGCGUCGUUGUUGCUGUUUUGUUUUGUUUUUUUUCGAAACAAAGCCUUUUAAGUUCUGUCUUUUUAUUUUCUUCUUUUGCCAGGUUCGGCGCUUGUAACAGAACUGCUUCCUUUUUUUUGUUUUUUGUUUUUAAAUAUAAUUUCGGAUCCUUUUGGUUGAGUUUUGAGGCUGUGAAAUAGACAGGAGACACAAAUAGUUUGAGAUUACAAGUUUAAACUCUCACGCAGGGAAUAGAGGAGCUUUUUCUGAGUGUGUGUUUUUUGGCGUGUUGUUCACGUGUGUGUCCGUGGGUGAGUGUGCAUGUUUUGAGACAAACACAUAAUCAGAAUUUAAGAUUUUUACGAGUGUGUGUUCCGGGCACUUGUUCUUUUACCUCUUGCCCGUUGAGCCUUAAUAACUGAAGUCAAUCUGUUAAGGGCGAAACCAGAACCACUGACAGAGGACGUUGAGCCGAAGUUGAACUGUGAGUUUCUACUUAUGGAAACGAAGCCACCGACGUAAAUGUCAACUCUGUCAAUGAAACACUGGAGAUGGGAAAUAUGCCAGUCUUUUUUUUUUUUUUAACACAGUUUUAAAGGUGCGAUGAGUAAGAUUCAGGGGGAUUCAUUUGCAAAUAUUUGUCACCCACCUAUGUUGAAUUUGGGCUAAAACUAAUGCUGUGCAGCAAAAAUCCAAAUUUUACCAAGUGUAUUUUUCUCAUUUCUAGUCCAAAUAUCUCAUCACACUUAAAAUCAGACAAAAUCACCCACAGAGGAACUUUUCAGCGAGAUAAAAGAACUGAUUG